UCAGUGAGUUGCACCAAACUCGUUUGACUCAUCUACGUGCUACGUGCACAACUUGCUUCGCGCCAACGAUUUAAACAAUUUCAAUUCAUUGGAUCUCUCUCUCUCUCUCUCUCUCUCUCUCAGUUCGAACGUUCGGCUGCUCAAAUUCAGCUUCUGAUCGCAAAAUCUCAACCUUAACAAAUACGAAUUCCACAAUUGAUCAACAAUGUCGACAGUCAAAUCAAGCGCAAAGAAACGAGUCUCCGAGUCCGAAGCUUCAAAAUUAGAGAAACUGAAGCGAGUCGUCGCGGACGACUUCGAUGCAGAUCUCUCCAAUGAUAUCAAUGGCAUCAUGUCCGCAUUGCAACAGAUCAGAGAGAAAGCGCAUAAGGACGGCCAGAAGAAGAACGAAGAGACCAUUUCAAGUGUUUCUUCAGAGAUCAAAUUUAAGCUUGAUGAAUUGAAGGUCAAAUUUGAGAAAGAAAGGCAAAGUCUUGCCAAGGCACUUUCAAAGAGCUCAAAGGAGUGUGAAAACUUACUGAAGAAUGAGACAGCCAAGUACCAAGCAGUUCAUGAGAAAUUUUGCAAGGAGAAAGCUGCACAUCUGCUGGCCUUAAAAGAUACUAUCUCCAAACAUGAAGAAGAGAAAGAAAGGCUUUUCAUGCGAUAUGAACAACAGAGGAAGAAAGAGAAGAGUAUGCUCUCCGAACAUGAGAAAGCCUGUGCAAAUAAAAUUGCUGAAUUGGAUGAGUCCUUGACUAAGAAGAAGCAGGACGACAAAACAUUUAGUGUUUUGAGAAAGACUUUGGGUUCGUUCCUUGGAAACGCCUCACAUGAGGAUUUCCCACCCGAUGAUUGAAGGUGUUAUUCUAGAAGACUAAUCUUUUCGCUGUGCAGUUGCUCUGAAAGACUGGUGCCAUAAACAUACAUCUGUAAUCUGCAAUCGACUCUUUCAUCACUUAGCUAAUGAUUUUCUUGUCCUGAGGAACAGAACUUGAACUCUUGUGCUAUGUGGAUGGUUGUACAGCUUGCAGUCUGUUUAAAUCUCUUCUUAUUUUAACACUUCAUGAUCAAGAAUAUAGUUUCCAUUGAAGGUGGGACUAAAUUUGUGGCUUUUGUCGAGUAAAUAUGUUAAUUUCUAUUGCAAUGACUGGUGGUUACCCGCAAAAAAGUAAUUGUAUUUUAAAUUUUGUUUUGGAACAAAGCUAUAUUGAGUGUAAUGGUAACAUUAGGGAUGAUAAAUGAAUAUAACAGCUUGAGCUCGGCUUGUGUUUGACUCCUUAAAA